AUGGGACUAGACAGUAGUCUGCUCCUACGGUGGUUGGAGCAGUCUAGGGCCCCAAUAAAUGAAAUUCCUGAUGCGUAUGAAAUAGUGGCUGCUCAAAUCUCCCUAGGAACCUCGUCAUUGGAUAGUGAGGGCGUCCAUAUGCCUGCAAACAUCACUUCUUUCGAUCUGGCUAUUGAUGGCGAAACUUUUCAAGUGCUCCCCCCACGGCAAAUGGCAAAGCCCCAGCCUAAAAGAAGAAAGUUUGGAGCCAGGCCAAUACGGGAGCCCCUGAUUUCGCUCCCAUUGGAUCCAGAAACCCACAAAGAUGUGCUAUUUGUGCAAGACUGUAAACGAAAGCUCGUUCCGGCGACUAAUUUAGUCACGUGCAUUGGACCUUACAUUGAAAUUUCCGGGUUAGAUUCUCAAAAUGUUCAACUGAAUUUGAUUGCCGCGGUCUACUUGAAUAAGAACACUGGUUUUUACCCGUCCUCACUACUGGCAACUGACGUUGUCCAGCAAUUAUUGGCUAGAGUGCUAGACGAUCCGACCAUUGUUGACCCUGUGCCAUACGCGGCCACUCCAGCUGAUCUUUUUGAGAUUCUCACCCAUGAAACACACUUGUCAAUUGCCCAUAUUGUACCUCCUGGUGUAGUUACCCCGUUGCUACCUUUCCAGUGUGAGUCGGUACGUUGGGCACUUCGCCGUGAAGGCAAAGAUAUCGAUGAUUCUGGAAUCGUUAGAGACCUCGACCCCGAAAUUCGAGAUUAUGUUGUGGCCCCUCCAUUGGGAUGGCGCCAGAUACCUGGCCAACAGUUAUGGGUGAACCCUUAUCGUAUUUGUGUGCAGGAUCAUGAACCCAAUGCCCAGCGAAUCGGCCCCUCGGACCAAUUCUGUGGUAAAGGACUUUUAGCUGAAGAAAUGGGGUUGGGAAAGACUUUGGAAAUGAUCGCCUUGAUGCUUUUGAACCCGCGUCCGAAAGUGCAGUCGGGAGAACAAACAGUCGACCCCUUGACAGGGCAUUUCGUUAAAAAGAUCGCCGCCACAUUGGUGAUUGUGCCUCCGGCAAUUCUAUCUCAAUGGCAGAAUGAACUCAUCUCCCACUCCCCUGACAUGAAAGUUCUCGUGUACCGCGGUAAGAUACCAGACGAGCCUUUGAUCACCGCAGAAGAUUUGGCACGUUAUGACGUUGUUUUAGUAUCAUACAGUGUAAUUUCUGCUGAAGUCCACUCUGCAACAUUCAAUCCAGGACAGCGAAACACAAGAUUCUGGAGAGAGCGCACGGACAUCAACUCGGUGCGCUCGCCGCUUGUCCAAGUACAGUUCUGGCGAGUUAUCCUAGAUGAGGUUCAAAUGAUUCAUACAGGUGUGAGCAAUGCCGCCAGAGUCGCUCGUAUUGUCCCCAGAGUACACGCUUGGGGCGUUACGGGUACGCCUGUCAAGGAUUCCAUGUCUGACCUCCGGGGCAUCUUAUUAUUUCUCGAUGUUGUACCUUUUCUUGAAAAGGCUUGCUGGCAGCGUAUGCUUGCAUCACCGAUUGACUUCAAGAGCACUAUAUCUAAUAUUGCCAUUCGGCACACUAAACCAAUGGUUGCCGAUCAGCUGUCUCUUCCACCUCAAACACGACGUCUGAUCUCCAUCACAUUUUCUGAAAUCGAGAGACACAACUAUGACCAGCUAUACGCUAAAUUUAUGGAGCAGAAGACUACCGGAGCACCAAGUGCCGGCUGGUUGAUCAAACUACGUCAAGCUUGUUCUCAUGUGCACUCCAGUGGUCACCGAGAUAAUCACACAAUAUUAACGGUUGAUCAGGUUUUGACCAAGCUUGUGGGUGAAGCUGAAGCUACGCUCGCAGUCAAAGUGCGUAACCGCAUGUCUGCUCAACUAGAGCUAGGUCAAUAUCUCGAUAAGGCUCAAAAGCUAGACAAUGCUCUCGCUAUCUGGAAUACGGUUGCUUCUGAGCUGGAAAAUUCACUGCAAGAUCUAUCCGAGAAACUCAAGGUGCUAGAUGAGGACUACGAAGCCCGUAACAAACUUGCAACAAAGCUGGAACAAGGGGCAGAAGAUUUACAAACCCGUCUUGAAGAGGCUGAGAUCAAUCAGACAAAACUAGAAACAGACGAAACAGAAGUAAACCUCAAUGCUUUGCAAGUGAAGGCAUCUGACGGGCGAAUGGCGGCAACAGCCGCUGCAAAUCGUGUCAAAGCAGCCAAGGCACGAUUGAGAUCUCAACAAGAGUUGCUUCACCGAACAUUCUUUUUCAUGGGAACAGGAUAUUUUCGACUUACUGAGCGACAAAGAGACGAAAUAAGCGAGCAGAAGCGCCUGGAGAAUAGUGAAAUGGAAACGCGUUACUACCAGAAGGCCGAUGAGCUUCGAUCCGAGUUGUUGAAAGAAACGGCAGAUUUAGUCGACCAGGCUCGAGCUAAAGUUCAAGAGGAGCUUUACAUGGACGAAAUUAAUUUGAACUUUGAUACCGUGCAGACAAUCUAUCUUGACCUACAAGCCACACUUAUCAAUGAACUUCAUGCCCAAAUGCUCAGCAUCCUGACCACUCCUCUUCUUGAUACUGAAAACGAUGAUCUCGAGAUUGAGGCCUACACAAGAUCGUUUGAUGUUCAAGAAAAGGCGUAUGUUUUGAUGGAUAUGCUACAGCUUUUACUCAAAGAUCGAAACAUGGCUGUUCGAGGAGGGCGGCCUCCUAUUGUCAAAACAUCAGAUAGAGACGAAUGGUCAGAAUUUAGGAGACAUUUCAUGGAACGCAGGGAUAAUCUGCAGAAAAAAUGUCGUGGAAUGGACCCUUUCAGUUUAUCGAUCAAGUACCAUCGUUCCACUGGGUACGGGGAGGCGAUGCGAGAGGUAUUCGAGGACCUUAAAGAGGAGAUACAAGUUUGGCAGAAGGAGGUUAAUGCUCUCGGAGAUCUUUUCAACACGCGGUUGGAAUACUACAAACAGUUGCAGUCUCUAUCCGACCGCGUAGUUGACCCAGAUAUCGGAGAUAAUGACAUCAAGAAAGUGGUGAGUGACAAAAGGGCAGCUGUUUACCGCGCAGAGAAAGCAGAAGCACAUUUCGAGUCCAAAUUAAGAUAUAUACGGCAACUCGAAGUUCAAAAGCCGGUAGCGAAAAACGAAGAAAAGGAGACCGAGAUCUUCCAGUCUACCGACUCCGACGACACUUGUGUAAUUUGCCAAGAGCAGAUUACUCUUGGCUCGCUCACUGUUUGUGGACACAAGUUUUGUACAAGUUGUAUCACGAAGUGGUAUGAACUGAAGAGUGAAUGCCCACUGUGUAAACACUGGCUUGGCCCCAACGAUAUGAUUCGAUUUCGGGCGGCAGAUGUUGAGAAUCCUCGGCCUGAAAUCCAGGAUCUCAGCAACAAAAUUUAUACACAAAUUCCGACUUCGAUGUUCAAUCAGAUUCUAGGAUACCCGAUUGAGCGUUCGUAUGGGUCAAAGAUCGACAUGAUCACCCGACACGCUCAGUACCUUCGAGAUCAAGAUUCGAGUGCUCAGAUUGUAGUUUUCUCACAGUGGGCCCCAAUGCUUCGCGCACUUGGUAAUUCGCUGCAUGAAAAUGGCAUACUCACAGCAACUAUUUCUGAUGGGGCCUCUGAGUUUCGAAGCGACUCUCGUAUCGCAUGCUUUUUAUUACAUGCCAAGUCAGAUGCUGCUGGGCUUACUCUGGUCAACUCAACGCACGUAUUUCUUUGUGAGCCUUUGUUGAACACCGCUUUAGAACUCCAAGCUAUCUCAAGAAUUCACCGUAUCGGCCAAGCCAGCCCCACAACCGUUUGGCUCUUCAGUGUGGAGAAUACAGUGGAGCAAGCUAUCUUAUCACUUACUUGCAGCCGCCGUGUUCGUCAAAUUGAAGAGCUGCAAGCUCGUGAUCGUGAUACCCAAGAACACUCCAAAGACACAGCAGAAACCGAAAUUCUAGCGAGCUCAACAGGUAAGCUUGUUGAUCGGACCUCUGGAAGCGAGGUUGUCCUAGAUGCUGAUAUGCGAAAAGUGUUAUUCUACGAUUUCGGCAAGUCUAGGCAAUCCACACCCACCCUCUCUGUGGUCGAAUUUAAAGAAGAGACUUAA